AUGGGAAUCGAUUGGCGAAUGGGAGCUGAAUGGUUUGAGACGUGCCUUUUGGAUUAUGACCCAUGCUCCAACUAUGGUAAUUGGACCUAUGGAGCAGUGGCUGAGAAACCUGAGGUUUUUUUAGUAGAGUACUGGGCAUGGUCUUUUGAGGUAUUGUCGGGAUUAAAACCAAUGAUAUCAAUUGAUUUGGUUCAUAUGCCUAUGAUGGGAAGAUUUAGUGUGGAGUUGGAAGCAAUUGCUAAGCAUAUAGGGGAGGUCCAUGAUGAAAUGCAAUGGAUGACUUCACUGGGCAUUCAAAUCUACUAGGCACAUGUUUAUUGUCUUGAGCUACUGGAGGACAAGAAUCAAGAUUUCAUUUUUUUUCCACCAAAACAACUGAAACGUUUCAGUUCCAUGGAAAUAAAUGAAUUGAUGAUUGAAUAUCAAAAUCUUUAUCUUUUG